AUGGAGAAAUUAUUCAGGAACCAAAAGUUGAAUGUUAGCGUAAGAACCAUUAAGAGUGGUGAGGAGGUACUGUUUUACGCAAAGGAUGUGGCAGAAUCUCUCGGAUACUCAAAUACGAAAAAAGCUGUUAGAAAUCAUGUUUGGGAAGAGGAUAAGUGCACGCUAGGGUCCAUCCAAAGGGGUGCCCUCGAGGGACCCCCCUUGAACGGUCAGCCUGGUACCAUUUUGGUCACCGAACAGGGUUUGUACCAACUAAUAUUUGGAUCGGAGCUUAACACAGCAAAGGAGUUCAGAAGGUGGGUGUUCAAUGAAGUCCUUCCAUCUAUCCGUAAAACAGGCUCAUAUGAAUUACCAGACAGAAGGUCACUAUGGUACAACCAGAUGAUCCUCAUAAAUGAAACGGACCUUCAUCAUACAGUUGUGAGUUACAUUAGGAAUAACCACCCUAAGGCUGUAAUAGUACCCGGUCUUGGUGAGUACCAGGAUACGGUGUCAAAAAGAUGUGAUGCCUGGAAGAAGGGCUAUAAAGGUGGUCAGCCAGAUCUUAUUAUAGAGAACCCUAUGGGGAAGUACACAGGAUUCGCAAUUGAAUUUAAGUUAACACGUAAAAAUUUGAGUUAA